GCAUCCAUUUCCUCAUCGACCAAUUGCUUUAAAAGGACCUCAGAAUAUGCAAUAAGAGAUCCUCAGUAACCGGGGAUCAUCACACCAGUAUUACCGAACGCAUUUCUCGCUUUUUCCUCGUCACCCACAUCUCCCCUGCACCCGGAUCUCCUGCAGCUUUGUGUCUUCCUCUGUACUGAAAAACGCCUGUCGACUACACGAACCCCCUUUUCAGCAAAGAUGACCGAAACGGAAACCAGAACCAUUCACGAUGACAAGCAACAGAACGGAGCUGCUGUGGCAGAAACGUCGGUGGAGGAUGUUUUUGACGAUACCUAUAAAAUGAAAGAGGGUCCAAAACCACCGAGGAUGCUGGUGUGGAGAAAUAUCAUCCUGAUGACGCUCCUUCAUCUCGGAGCGCUUUAUGGACUGGUUCUCCUGCCUUCUGCCUCGGUUUCAACUGUCGCAUGGACUGCAGUGUGCUAUCUCAUCAGUGCUCUCGGUGUGACUGCCGGUGCACACAGACUAUGGAGCCACAGAUCCUAUAAGGCUUCCUUUCCUCUGCGGGUCUUCCUCGCUCUCGGCAACUCCAUGGCGUUUCAGAAUGACAUAUAUGAGUGGGCGAGGGACCACCGCGUCCACCACAAGUACUCAGAGACGGACGCAGACCCCCACAAUGCCACACGGGGGUUUUUCUUCUCCCACGUCGGUUGGCUGAUGGUUCGCAAACAUCCGGAUGUCGUUGAAAAGGGCAAAAAGCUGGAGUUGUCUGACCUGAAGGCAGAUAAAGUGGUGAUGUUUUCAGAGAGGCACUACAAGCUCUCUGUGGUGAUGCUUUGCUUCGUCGUGCCCAUGAUGGUGCCCUGGUACUUCUGGGGUGAAUCCUUGGUGUUGGCAUAUUUUGUCCCUGGACUCCUGAGAUACGCUGUGAUGCUCAACGCCACCUGGCUGGUCAACAGCGCCGCGCACUUAUACGGCAACAGACCUUAUGACAAAGCCAUCAACCCGAGGGAAAACCCGUUUGUUGCUUUCAGUGCCAUAGGGGAAGGUUUCCACAACUACCACCACACGUUCCCCUUUGACUAUGCAACGAGUGAGUUUGGCGUCAAGCUCAACAUCACCACUGCCUUUAUAGAUCUCAUGUGCUUCAUGGGAUUGGCCACGGACCCCAAGAGCGUGUCAAAGGAAGUAAUCAUGGCUCGCGUCAAGCGGACGGGUGAGGGCAGCCACAAAAGCGGCUGAGUCACAAUAGCUAGGAACUUUGCAAAUGAAACCGAACAUGUCGAACCGAGACCGAACGUAGCAACAAGUAUAGCAGCAUUUCAGUGGUGGUGGUUGGGGGGGGCGUGAUUACCAUGCUUCUGAUUAUAAGUUAAACCCCCUCCUGAGACUAAUUUUUGGCUUUAAAGAGUUGUAGACCUUUCCAUAAACUGUGUGGGCCUCUUAAGUUUUGAAGUGUCCUCGCCAACUAUUCGCCACAGCCAGCGACUUGACUACAUGUGUAAGCACAGCUUUUCAACAUAAUAUUUAAAACCGGGCACAAACAGAAUGAAAAGGCUAAUUAGGAUUUGCGUCGCGUUUGGCAGCAGUAGGACAACCAAACAAGUUAGUGAUUUGUUGAAGCAGUGAUUACAGAAUGAUUUACUGUAUAUCUUAUUUGUUUAAUGUGCUAUUUAUUAAUUGUGUUUGGCACUUUGGAAGCUUCAUUGAAACCCUUAACAGUGAGGUUUGUCUACAGGCAAUAUUAAGGGCCUUCCGCGCUAACUUCUCUCAGUACUGCUUUGUCUCUUUCCACAGGGAGUGGAGUUUCAUCUUGAUUAUUGUUUGUCUGUGAUAAGCUAAGGUUUUCUUUAUUUUAUGUAAGAUAUUAGUCUUGCUAAACCAUAAGCUACUGUGUUCAAUGCCGACACAAAGACAGGCAACACUCUAUUGAACUUUCCAUAUUUAUCAUACCGGAGUAACCCUCGGUCGAAUACAGUUCAGAUGUGCUAUACUUUGGGAUACUUUCACACCCAUUGUCUCCAACUGUACCAGAAGGGUUCUUAUUGAGGAUUAAGUUCUCUGUUUCAAUGCAGUUUAUACCUCUUGAGUAGUGAAGGCGCCUCAGACUGAAACACGGAACCUGACUUCUUACUCAAUACACAAAAAUAAAUUAUUAUUAGCAUUUAUUUUUAAAUAUACUCGGACAAGGUAACCCUCUCCCUCAGAUAAGGCCAAUGAGGUAUGUGUAGAGGCUGCAUUUACCUUUUGUGCUGUGUGAUAUUAUUGAAACGUGUCAGGACUCUUGCCCAAAUGCCUUAUGAGGGUUGCACACCUGAUUAAAAAAAAAAGAUUUGUUAAAAGUGCAAGUUAUGAAAAUACAUUAGAAUAUUCUGUCUAAUCAAAGAUGUUUCUGUCUGUCUUUAAGAACAACUUAAAACUUAAAAUCCCUGUUUUAUAAUGAAUAAGAGGGGACCAUUCAACUAAUCUUAAAGAAAUGCUAUGAUUUAACUUUUGUGUGACCAAACAAAUACUUUCCUCUAAAACAAGAUCCAACUUGUUAUAUCAUUAUUGAUAAUGUUGUUAUAUUUGUCACACAUUUACAGAGCAACACUUUUUUACAGUGUUAACUUCUUGAAGUUUGAAUGCCUUAAAACAAUGGCACAUUUUUUCAAAGAAUGUUUUUGCCCACUGUAUGUACCGUAAAUAAACCAAAUUUUCUACUUGCGACUAUGUUUUUGAUGUUUUUUGUUGGAAUUCUGUAAUACUCUAUUCGUAAACUGAAUAAAAAAAUAUGAUCGUA